GGGUGUAGAAAAGACCAAUAUGGCGGAUGAAUCGUCCGGUGAUCGUUUUAAGGACGUUCUUUCGACCUCUCAGAGCAACUCGCCUUGUGGGUUUUGUUCUAAAGAAGUCUCCAAGUACACGUGUCCUCGUUGCCAUGUCCGAUACUGUUCCAGUGUGUGCUAUAAAAGUGAUAAACACUUACAGUGUUCGGAGCUUUUUUACAAAGAUUGUGUCAUGGAAGCAAUGUGCGAACAACAGAGUAGUAGUGAAGACAAGCAUAAAAUGCUGGAAUUGUUGCACAAACUAAAGAAGCAGGAUGAAGAAGAAGGCUUUCAGGAUGCUGUAGAUUUGGAGGAACGAUUGAAAAAUGUUGAUAUAAACAAUGACACAGAAGCCGUGUGGUCGGCGUUGACAGAUAGUGAACAGAAAGAGUUUGAAUCUGCCGUCAAAAGCGGAGAGAUUUCUCAUGUCAUUGACGUUUGGAUCCCGUGGUGGACUAAACAAGAUGACAGAAAUAACAGGUAACUUGCCUAGACGGACUUGACAAGAGUUUUUAUGCAAAUGAGUAUUAUAUCGGGGAAUUACAUAGGGUUUACAUUAGAACUUCAAACCAUGCGGAUAGGCAGGACUUAAGAAGUGGGGAGACAUAGUUGAGUGUUUCUCCCUACACUUCUCUUGCACUCUAGCCAGCUCCUGCGUGCUUGAAAACAGAACAAAGCACAGUCAAGGCUUCUCUAUAUGUUAAUUAGAAUAGCAUGAGGUCAUGAGGUUGAUUCUAAUAUUUCUGAGUAGCAUUCCCAUCAUUUUUAAGCAAAAGUCCUUCAUACCCCUCUUUAUCUGCAUUACCCUGUGCUAACUGAACUAUGUUUGACUCUUCUCUCCCGAGAUCUCUCAUCAGUAAUUCUCCUUGCUGUCUGCCAUAAAAUUCUUAUGAUGUUUGGAGAAUUUGGCAUUGGAUCAAUUAAAAAAAACCCAGUGGAAAUUUUUCUUUAUUCUCCACACUUGUCUGCUUAAUGUUGUAUUGAUAUUGUAAGGAGAAAUUCUGUCUUGGUCACUCGUGGGAAUUAAAAGGUGAAAUUGAAGUUGCUUGGUUUAUAGGUGGUUCUUCAAAAGUGCUCUGGUUUCCUCUAUGUAUUCCAGAAAAUUAUAUAUUAGACUCACUUGUACUUAAUUGAGAAGACACUUUCAUAACAAGCACCUGUUUGUUUUUUAUUUGAUUCUUUUUAACUACUUUUUUUCUCUUGAUAUCUGUUGAUAGAAAGAAGAUAGAGUUUGUAAGUGAAGGGAGCAACAUUUUAGGAAAGAAAGAUGAACAAAAAAGCAAAAGCCAUCAAAUCCAAACUAAGGAACAAGAAAAAAAGGAAAAGAUGCCAGCAUUAAAAAGGAACAUCACAUCAUUACUGUUAGCCAUGAAAAAUUCAAAUGUGAAUCCAAAUGUGCGGUUCAGUUGUAUAAAUGUAAUUUUCUCAUAUGCAUAUAUCAUGAGGCUGUACAAUGGAUGCCCAGAAGACAGUUUAGAACAAGCAGCUGAGAAUUUGUUACAGCUUUCACCUGUGCUUUCUAAAAAUGCUGUGUUUGACAGUGUGGAGUCAGUAGUUCACAGCUCCUUGAGUGCUGUGCUAGAUUGCAAGGACCUUUACUGUUCUGAGGAAUCAUCUCAUCAGGUGCUUCUGGAUGUUAUUUCUUUGAUCAAAGGAUAUGUUGUUAUGGAGAGAAAGAAAACAAACUUUGUUGACAGUGCUCUGUCUCAUUUGUGUCGACUUCUCAGUGGAGGAAGAGAGAGAUUGAAAGUCAACUCCAAAAUGAACCAAAAAGAAGCAGAUUUAUGUAAAUCUUUGUGGCUUGCAAAAAAGAAAGUAGAGUUUUUAUUAGCAUGGGUUCACACAAACACUCAUAUUUUGCAAUCUCUUGUGCUAAACAUGGAAGUUGUUCUUACAGAGGUAUCCAUGUCUAACAGACAACACAAAGAACAAAGAGAAAAGCUAGAGCAAGUAUGGGGAGGUUCUAAGCCACCAAAGAAAGCAACUCUUAUCACAGAAAUCUAAGUCAGAAUUUGAAAAGAGAACUCUGAAGGACAUUGUAGUAUGAUAGAACCAAUCCCCAGUAGUUUCUGAGGCAAGCUUUCCUGCAUCAUAUUGCUAUCAUACAGUGGAACCUUAACUAACUUGACCUUUUAACUCCCAAGAUCUGUUUUAAAUUCUCCCCUCUAUUUUUUUCGUAGAUCAAGAUAACCUCUUGUACCAGUUUGAGUUAUUCUAAUCACCCACCUAUUUGUGUGAUACUGUAUUGAUGUUUUAAGGGCAAGCACACUUGUGCAAUUUGCUCUGAUUUGAUUGUAUGAUUUUACAAGCUAUUUUAAAGUUGCUAAAGAAUGAGAAUACUUUCACUUCUAAA